AUCUCUUUUACCUGUUGCUUUUCUUAUUCACUGCUUGAUUCAAUGUGUAUCAUGAAUGAAACUUCAAAUUUUGUAUAUAUGCAGAUUAACUCAAGUUAUUAUCUUUACAUUUACAUGUGUGUGUAUAUGCUUUUAACGUUUCAAAACUUGCAGAGGUUAACAAUAUUCAUCAUUCUGUAUCAUCUAAUUAUUCAAUAAUAGUCUUGUCCAAUGUGUGUCUAAGCGAUGGUAUAUAUACCAAGAACAAGAACGACCCUUCAAUAUUUUUUGGGUGCUUAAGGUUUCCAUGAAUGGUUAGCACUGUUUAUUGUGAUAAUCAUGUGGGUGUGAUCAAUUUUCGUGUCAAAAUACUUGUUAUUUUCUGGUUUCCAUGAUUUUAUAAUCAUAUCUCCUUUUUGUUGUAUAUGUCUUUUUGUUGUAUAUUUCAAUAUACUCGUUAGUUGUAAUUUGUAAAUUAUGCCUGUUAAUGUCAUUUUAUACAAAAGGGUAUCUUUUUGCCCUACUGAGAUUGCUAAUGUAGUGCUCAUUAUGUUUGAUCAUUCUGAAGUUGUGUCAAGCUGUGAAGAAUGAAUGUUGUUUUCGAAAGAGUAGAAUUGGCAGGGUUUUAUAUGAUUGUUUUAAGGAGCCAUUGUUCUGGAUUCUGGAUUUUAGGUUCUUUAUCUUAAUAGCAAUUGAUGGUUGUAGUGUGAGCUCAGUUUUCGAUUAAUUUUUUGAGUUACUCGCCCAUCAAGAACCCCUUCCCCAAAAUUGCUUCUUUUUUGUACCCUAAUCCUGGACAGUGCCCUCCAAUGCAUCAGUGGCCAAGCACUGAUUGGGGUUUUGGAGGGGUUGGAAAUUCGUUAUAAUAUAGCUGUAAAAGUUGUGUAACUUUGGAAACUCGAUUACUAGCCAUUCGAUUUUUCACACUUGACCAGUUAGAAUUGCUUCAGCAUAGUCCAAACAGCCUGAUGUUUUUUUACUGCUUUUCAAAUCCACAAGCUUGUUGUAAAAGAUUUAUGAUUUUCUUAAUCCUCAAAUAAACAGCUCAUAGAGUCAAUGGAUUUGUUUGAUUUUUAUAGUGGUGACAAAAUUAGAGGUGAAAACAAGGAGAGGUCUAGUAUUUUGUUGAAUGCUACUGGUUAUUUAAAAUUAGAGGUUGGAAAUUUAAAAAUCAGAGGAUAUGAUUAGCAAAAUUCUUGUAUAGUGUAUACUUGAAUGCUACUGAUUAUUAAAUCUCAAUGUCUUCAAGGCUUCAAUACUUAUGAUACUCUGCACAAGUGCUAGUGAGCUAGGGGAACAUUCUGUACAUUACUUGUAUACGAAGUUCCAACUCAUGUUGGAGCAUGUCCUUGAUCAUGUUAUCUUUAUCUAAUCUACAUUUUCUUUAUGAUAUUCUCACACAUUGGUUGAGUUUAGUUAUGAGUUUACUAGCAUUUCUUUCUUGGCAGAUGGGCUCAAAGGACAAGGGUUAUGAUAAUUUAAUGGAGUGUGCAUCUAACAGGACAUUAUUUCCUCCAAGUUUUCUUGAUGUAAGCGGCAUAGAGCACAUAAGUCCUAGAGUUGGUCACGAAUACCAGGUGGAAGUUCCUUCCAUGAUAAAUGAAUCAGAACGGUCUCAACUUCAAAUGAAUCCUACUGAUUCAGAAUUCGUGCAUGAUAAGUCACAUUCCUUUGCAUUGGGUUUACCCAUCCCACUCUUAAUGGUACAUGAUGAUGUGGAGGAUAGUAGACAUAGAGGGCUAGGAGAAAAAGAUGGUGCAGUCAAUGUAAAUGUAUCAGCAGUAGCAGCUAAUGUGGAAAAGAAUGGUAUAUUAGAUAAUGGGAAAGAUUUGAGACCAACCACUAUUGAACCUGAGAUGACAGUUGAUCAAUUGAGUAAAAGCAAAAGUUCUCUUAUGGCCCCUGGUACAUUGAGUAACUCUUGGAAUGGUGCUGAUGUAAAAAGUUUUCUUCUGGGUUUGUAUGUCUUUGGGAAGGAUUUUGAUCAGAUAAGAAGAUUUUUAGACAACAAAGAGAUGGGGGAAAUACUUUCAUUCUACUAUGGGAGAUUUCAUAAGUCUGAUGAAUAUUGUAGAUGGUCAGACCGCAGGAAAAGAAAAGGCAGAAAAUGUGUGCAUAAACUUUUUGCUGGACAGAAGCAACAUGAACUAUAUUCUCGCUUGAUUCCGCAUGUCUCAGAAGAAUUGAGAGAUACUUUGAUAGAGAUUUUUAAGUCAUAUGAGGAGGGGAAAACUUCCCUACAAGUAUAUAUAUCUUCUCUGAAGUCUACGGUUGGACUUGGUGUUCUUGUGGAAGCUGUAGGUAUUGGUAAAGGGAAGGAAGACCUUACAAGCUUAGCCAUGGAACGUGGGAAGAAAAAGCGGGAGUUUCAGACACCAACUAACACAGCUUGGUCUUCCCUUGGACCCAGUGACAUAAUAAAAAAAUUGACUGGAGGAAUUCAACUGAGCAAAGCUAAAAGUAAUGAUCUCUUCUGGGAAGCUGUUUGGCCCCGCUUGCUAGCAAGGGGUUGGCACUCUGAGUCUGAGCAACCAAAGAAUCAAGGUUCCAAAGAUUUUUUGGUUUUUCUUAUUCCUGGUGUCAAGAAGUUUUCAAGGAGAAAGCUUGUGAAAGGUGAUCAUUACUUCGAUUCUGUUAGUGAUGUCUUAAGGAAAGUAGCAGCUGACCCAAAUCUUCUUGAGCUUGAAGUUGAAGAAGCUAAAGUUGCUAGCUACAAUGAUGAAGUGGAAGAAAGUGGAUCCAAUGAGGAUAGUCAAUCUGAUCAUCGUUGCCAUAGUUACCUUAAACCCCGAGCUUCUACUAAGCAUGCAGAUAAUAUGAAGCACGCAGUUAUCGAUACCAGUUUGGCACAUGAGGGGAAAUCUAUGAUAAGGAAAUUGAAAUCUGUACCUGGUAAUUCAGUGGGUAAAAUUGACGUAGAUGCACCUGUUAUAACAUAUAAAAGGGACAAACAUACCAGUAAAGCAAACCACAGCAAGGGUAAGCUUGAUAGCAACAACCAAAAGUCGACAAUGUUCGAAGUGGUUGAUACCAGUUUGCUUUAUGAAGGAAACUUAUGUAAGGUUCAUGAAAUGGAACAUGCUUCUAAGAUGAGUGGAGUUGCAAGAAAAAUUGACAUGUUCGAUCAUGGUUCGCUAAAUGAGACAGAAGCUUCUUUACUCAUAUAUACCAAAAAGAAAGUUAGAAAUGCUGAUUGCCAGAAAGUUACAAAGAACAGAGAUUCUACCAGCCUUAAAAAAGCAAAUUGUAACCCAGAUAACAUUGCAAAAAAAAAGGCAGAAAAGCAUGAAAAUCAGAAAACCAGUGGGUCUGAUUGUAAUCAAGUAAAAGGAACCAUAAAGCAUCAAUUCAGUCGAAGACCAAGAUCAGAUCAUUCAAAUCCUGCAGUUCCUCCCAUCAAACGGCGGAAACUGGCUGCAUGUGUUAAGGCUGAGACAAGCCGCAUACUGGAGAAGAACUCCUCAGGAGGUUUGGGAUCAGAAACAUUCUCUCAGUCGUCUUGCUUUCCAGACGCCAACAACAAUGCUAGUGGUGUUCCAGUCAGUCAUCAGAAGGAUGUAAGUUUAGUAUCUUCUUCAGCUGAAGGAAAUCUGGAAGAGAAUGAUGAGGGAAGCAUUCACAAUAGAGUUUGUCUUAACAAGUGUAUUUCUACUGAUAAAGUUGAGAAAUGCGAAUCCGGAUCGCCAAUCAACUUCAAUGCACUUCAGGUUCCACUGCAGUCUGAAGAGGGUGAAAUGAUGGCAAUGGAGGAGGAAGACAAGCCGAGCCCAAAGCCAAAUAAUUCAAUGACCAGGAGGCAGAGCACAAGACAUAGACCAUUGACAGUUAGAGCAUUGGAAUCUUUUGCAAAUGAUUUCUUGCAAGUACAAAGGAGACGGAGAAGAAAAGACACCCAGAAAAAUGAAGACAAAACAAUGUUGCAUGGAGAUUGUAGUGUCAAUGAAAAUACUAGCAAGCCUCUAGAUUGUACUAUUGAGUAGUGGUCUGUUAUACUUGAAAUUUUCCAAGUAUGACGUUUUGACUUUUGGAAACUAUUGAUGCUUCUCCUGUCUGACUUUAUUGUAUUAUAUGAAGCUGCCAGGAGAUCAGACAUACUACAUAGAAUUUUUCCAUGUGGGAUAUUUGAUAAGAUAAUUUUUUUUAACUGUAAGUUUCAUGAGAAGAGCUUAGAGGUUCAUAGCUACUAUGGUUUAAAAGCACAAAAUUUGUUAACUUAGAAGAUAAAGGACUCAACACAUUCCCUUGUAUGUGGCUUUUCAUGAUCAUAUACCAUUUGUACUGCA